CUUCACCAUUAUGGGCACCACCAUCUGCAGCGCAGACCCCGUCGCUGCUGCCUCCCCGAAGCCGUGCAAGUGGCGGUUUGGUAGCGGCAUCGCCAAUGCUGCAAAGUCAGCAGUUUCAAGGGAGGGAAGAAUUCGGAGGAGCUUCGUCAUCAGAUAGAAGAAAUCCACAGGUUGCCACGCCUGUCGUGCAGCGAGGAAGCACAACAUUAGCGACUCCUGUAGUACCUGUUGCAGGUCGUUCAGGAGAGCAAGCGACCACCUUUCAUGCCAGCAACGCCUUGCCAUCUACAAACACACGCCCUUCACCCGCUUACGACCAGUCCACCAGUCACACCAGUCUACAGAAUCAGGGAACUGCUACAACUGGUGAAGAACGUGAACCGCGAACGACAGCUAUGGUCCGAACAACAUCAGGAUUCUUGAG